AUCACUGCACAACAACUCAACUCAACCACUCCGUGCUCUUGAAACACAACAAUUUAUUUAUCACUGAUGUAAUAAAGUAGUAAAUUAACCUAUAUUAAGCAUUUAAACCAAUUAAUUUAAUUUGGAUUUUACAUUUUACUGUAAAAACAUGGGUAAUGUUUUUGCUUCGGGACUAGCUCCCCCACCUCUAGCAGAACCUGUACCAUCACCAAAUAUGCCGGCUGAAGAAAAUGUUCCCAAAAGUUCUCAGCAAAACUCUACUGAUCAAAAUCCUGGCUCACUUGAAGAUCUACAUAAAAAGUGCAAAGAUGUUUUUCCUACUGUUUUUGAUGGUUCAAAAUUCAUGGUGACAAAAGCUUUGAGUAACCAUUUCCAGAUCAGCCACACUUUGAAUAUGACGUCUCCCAAUCCUGGCUACAGAUUUGGUGCAACUUAUGUCGGAACUAAUCAGAUCAGUCCUGUAGAAGCAUACCCAAUUUUAUUAGGAGACAUAGAUCCUAAUGGCAACCUAAAUGCUAAUAUUUUUCAUCAGUACAAAAAUAUAAGAGGAAAAUUUGCAGCUCAGGUUCAAGACAAUAAAUUUGUAGGCACCCAAGUAACGACUGAUUACAGGGGGAGUAAUUAUACUGCGUCUGCAACUUUUGCAAAUGUAGACAUCCUGAAUCACUCUGGUGUGGCAGUUUUGCAAUAUCUUCAGAAUGUGACGCCUUCUAUAGCAGUUGGAACUGAGAUGGCCUACCAGUACGGCCCUCAAGUACCGGGUGGAGAAAUAGCUCUGAUGUCUCUAGCUGGAAGGUACACUGGUGCUAACUAUACCGUAAGUGGAUCUGUGGGAGCUGCUUCUAUUCAUGCCUGCUUUUGGCGAAAACACAACGAAAAUAUACAGGUUGGGGUUGAGGCAGAAACAAACCUGCGACUGGGAGAAAGUGUUUGUACAAUCGGCUAUCAAGUUGAUUUGCCUAAAGCCAACAUGGUUUUUAGAGGCAUGGUUGAUACCACCUGGAAUGUUGGAGCUGUUUUAGAAAAAAAACUUCAUCCGUUACCUUUCACGCUGGCUCUGAGUGGAAUGAUUAACCACACUAAUGUGCAGCACAAAUUUGGAAUCGGUCUCAUCAUAGGAUAAUUAAUUAUAGAACAUUAAUUAACAACUUUCUUACAGUGUUGAAUGGACAAUCAAUGUCAUUUAACACAUGAAGCAUAAGUGGACAAUAGUAGUGCAAUUGCAAAUCAUUACAUGAAAAUUUUGCAUUUGUUUUGAUGAAUUUGUACAUUUAAGUUUUCAUCUGCUUACAUAGUUUUUUGUUGUUGAAAAGACUAGUAUAAUUAAUAAAUAAAUCUGUACAAAAAGUGAAUCAAAAUGAAUGUCUGUAUUUGUGUUGAAAAAGGAAGAUUCCAAUAAACUGUUAGUUUUUGA